AUGCGAGCAGCAGUCUUCUUCAUGCUGCUGAUUCAGACUCUGGCAAUGCGUGAUACCAAAGGGUCGGAGAAGAUGUGGCCGUUUGACAGCCCCCCUAAACCUGGCUAUUGUGAUGCGCAGAAAGAAGAUGGCUCCGAGGAAGGUCAUUGCAGAGGGUAUAAAAGUGAAUCUGAUUGCACGGCAUUCAAGUUCUGUAUGUGGUUGGAGGGUAAGGUGGAUCCUGGCUAUUGCGAUCUGAAGGAGGGUGGACUACCACACAUGAAGAAAUGGUGCAGGCGCACGCCAGAUUUCGAUACCUGCCUCUCUCCCAAUUGCAAAUGGACUGUUGGAGUUCUUCGAGGCCGCUGCGCUUUGAAGACUGGUGCCGACCCAAAGCAGGCGACAUACUGCACUGAGACGGUCACUCGUCGUGAUAUGUGCGAACGAGCAGAUCACAUUUGUACUUGGAUUGAAGAUUGA